AUGACAGUCGUGCGGAAGCUGUGCAAUGUGUUGACGGCGCUGUGCCUGCUAGAGCGCGCGGUGUUCGUCGCAGGGGACGUGAAAGCCAAGCAAGUCAUCGUAACGUACACAAAUGCAGGCGAAUUUAAAAGCGAACUAAACAAUUUCCAGUAUAUCUUCCUUAACGAAAAUGACGACAGCUACUAUGUGAAUACCUCAGAGAUAGGCGAAUUAGAAAUUGGAGACAAAAUCUACUUUUACAAAAGCUUUACCAAAGUGAUAAACUAUUUUAAGUAUCGAAUUCCGACGAAUAUACAGUUCGUUUUUGGAUACAAUGAUGGAGAGUUAAUUUUGUUGAAGAAGAACAAGAAGGGUAUCAUUUGCAAAAUAAAUGAUCUGUUUUAUAGUGAGUCUGGGAUAAAGUAUAUGGACAGGAAGAAUGAAUUGUAUGUGAAGAAUGAUCCUUUUUAUAUAAAAAAGUUUAGUAACUAUGGUUUUGACGACGACGAUUUUGAGGAAGACGCGGGGGAUGAGCGGUUUGAUGAUGGCGGACACGUUGGCUACGACCGCGCUUUUAAUGAUAAUGACGACUACGAUGAUUACGACGACGAUUUUGUGAUGCGCGCCGCGAUAUGCAGCGUUGGCGGGGGUAGCGGUGAUACCGGUAAUACCGGUGGAGGUGCUGACGGUGCCGCUUCUAGCCGUGGCAGCUCCACGUUCAUGCCGCAGAAACUCCUCUGCUACCCCUCCAGAGGAAACAACAACGAGCUGAAGGCGGUCUUCCUCAAAAACGAGCAGUACAAAAAGCAGUUCGAGUUAAGCAUGACUUACCUGAGCAAAGACAAUAAUCUCCAAUUGAAGAAAAUCGCUAGCUAUUUCAACACACUAGUGAAAUUAGAAUUUGACAGAAUAAAUAUAGCCUACUAUAUAUACAAUAAAACCAUAGCAUGCAAUUUUAAGUACCAUAUGCAGAAACUGCUGAAGAAGAAGGGGAAGAAGGAGCUGGAGGAUCAGUAUAUGACUUAUACAGACGAACAGGUGACGCAGAACAAUAGCUUCCUUUACAACACCACGCCCCAGUAUAAGGACCACUUAGGAGACAACAACAUAUUGUGGAAGCACUCAAACAAAGAUCUCACUCAACAGUGUUUCCAGAAAUGUCACAAGGUUUUUUUUAAUGAGGGCGAAUUUAACAACUUGUAUAAGAAUGAUAAUUAUGUAUACGAAAUGUCUCUGUUUAAGGAUAGUUCCAUCAAAGCGAUUAAAAAAGUUCAGGUGAAAAAUAUAUCGUCACUGGGGAGGUAUAUAGCUAUGUACUACCAUGGGAAGGACUAUGUGUCUAUUUUGAGAGACUUUACCACCUAUGUUUAUUUCCGAGUUAAGAACAUGCUGGAUUUGAUUCUGUUUCAAGAUGAGGAGAACGAAGUUGGGUUCUACUACAUAUCGUUUGACAAAGCAAAACAGCUAGUCCAUCUGUUCCGGUGUGGACUCAAUUCAUACCAAGUCAACUGCAAACAAAUAUCCUUCAUUCCAUAUGAACACAUCGCUUCGGACAUUGAACCAAAGGUGUAUCUCUCGACUGUCCAGAGUGAUGAUAUAGGUACCGUUUUUAUCAGCACAAAGACGAAGCUUUGGAAAUUGUAUAAGGAUAAGGAAGGAAACUACAAUAGGAAGAUUAUGGACUCUGUUAAAAACACUAGUGAGGAGUAUCUUGGACACAUUAACUGCUACAUGGUGGAGACGACAUAUGAGAGGAAGUUACUCUACAAAUACUUGAAGAACGUCACAAAUGUAGAGGAGAACAUCGUCGCUUGCUCCUACUUUAAGCAUUUCACCCAUUUUGAGAACUCACUGCUGAUCUCCUUCAUCGAGAACAGCCACUUCAUCCAGCGUACCUACCACGUGGUUCAAAACAAAGAUUUCAUCAUCUCCAGCGGCACGACCAAACUCACCAUACAGAUCAACGAGCUCUUUGACAUAUUCAUGCUCUUCUGCAUAAUCCUCUGCGUUAUCCUGACUGUCUAUACCGUAGUGCGCAUUCUGUUCAGCAAUAAAAUGAAGGUGAGCAAAAUGAAGCACCACUUCUUUGAUGACACCAAGAAUAGCUGCCCAUCGACGGUUGACUAA